AAUAAAAAAUACAAUUGCGACUGAGUACCUAUUUAUUAUACCCCAACAUAAUUACAAUUCUCAUAUCAAUUCGAAAUUAUGUAACAAUAUCUUUGGGCACAUUCCUAUUCCAUAUAAGUCCAACGUACUUUCAUUGGUUGACUCGUGAUUCGCGAAUUGAUUGACCUAAUAAAUAUCCAUACAAUUUAUGACAUAGUAAAUUGUUCGCCUUUUAUGGAGACGUAGUGGUAGAGGCUGAUUUUUUGAGCUGGACCUCUCCUACCUUAUUGCAGUCCAUUUUCAUUCGGUAUUGAAAUUUGGUGCACUAACCGUCUUGAGUUUUCGUUUGAUUUCAACGUCGAGUAGAUCAAUUCGUCGAAAAUUUCAUAUUGAAAACGAUAGAUUUGUUCCAGUGUGCAAGAAUAUAAGUCGUUCAAUGUUGAUUUUUCUCUGGGUGUCCAAAUUCCCGAAGAUUAACGUCUUGGAAUGGAUCAUAACAUCAUUUAGGCGGGAUUUUCCAUUAAAAAUUGACAACGCUCUCAAGUUCUAAUUUAUUUCAAACAGGCAUGAUUAAUUCAUACAAUUCUCUUCGUGAAUUCAGAUAACGUGUAUAUAUAACCGUUUUACUACUCGAGAGUUGUUUUUAGUACCACAGCAAAAACGUCAUCCUCAGAAAUAAUUUUAAUUAUUAUGUAGCUUUGCCCCAUUCUUAUUAGCGAGGAAAAUUGCAGAGUGAACAAAUGCUAGUUUCAGUUGAGUCGAAACUGUAUGAGUAAGCUGAAUUAUUUUCCUUAUAUGACUAUACGGUUAAUUGAUUUACACAUUUAUCGAUAAUUUUUCAAUCGAAAUUAUGAGCAGUAGAUGUUCCAUCCAUCUCUUUUGAACAGCAAACAUUGAAACGGAUGAGUGUCUCUAGCCAUAUCCGCAAAUAAACACAGGUAUAGCUGUACGUCUCCCAGCACUGUCAUAUUGUUUUUAUGUUCCUGAGGAAAUCUAAAUUUGUCGUCGUCGAAACCAGCGCGCGCGCCCUGUCCGUCGACAAGAAAAAAUACAUAAUAUCCGAACAAUGAUAUGUGGUGGAUGUGAUUUCUGAAGGAUAAACGCGCAUCACGUGACUUUUUUUGCCGGUGGUGAUACGCCGAACUGUGUGGUGAUAUAAAUCGUGGUAUUUUGGAAGAGGCAUGGACAGGACGAUGUAUGGAAAGAUGCAACCCUCUGAUUGGGCGCAUCCUUAUCAGUGCACGAUCAAGAAUGGUACUUUGCCAGGAUGUGACCGUCACCAAUCUCAAAAGAGUCCGAAACAAAUACCGAUUUAUAUCGCCGAGGACCACCACAGGGUCGUCGAAUUCAUACACCAAAUGAUCAAGAAAAAAUGCCUGCCUAUCUCUGAUAACACUUUCGUUCACCUGGACUCCCAUCCUGACAUGCUUAUCCCCAAGGACAUGCCUGCUGACUUCGCCUACGACGCCCCGAAGCUGUACGAAGCCCACGACAUCGAAAACUGGAUAAUACCGAAUUGCUACAACGGUAUAAUCCGACACGUCGUCUGGGUUAGACCACCAUGGGCCAACCAGAUACGGAACAAGAACCAGACCAUUUACGUUGGUAAAUGUAAAGAAACCAAAACCAUCAGAUUGGAAUGCAGGGAGAAUUACUAUAUUGCCGAGGGUUUGUACAGACCAAAAGGACAGCUGGAGGAGGUGAAAGAUGUCACUUUAGAUUGUGUGACCUUAGGAAACCAGAUAACUUCCCAAACUGACGAUAUCAAGGCUAUACGAGCCUUGUCCAAAACCAUAGAUAAAAACCCCGUCGUACUUGAUAUCGAUUUGGAUUUUUUCAGUACUCAAAACCCAUUUUUAAACUUCUACGAUAAAGCCGGUCUUUAUCAACGUUUACAACAACUAUUCUCCUUUACUGGUCCAGAGAGUUACACCGAUUCCCAGAUACUGGAAGCUCAGGAAAACCGUCUCUCUCAAAUGUCCAAAAUCGAGAAACUAUUUCUCCACCUGGAGAAAUUCAAAAAGUUGCCGGACUCCGAAGAAGCAAACCUAAGUCCUUUACAGGCUCAAGUAGAAUCUUUAGUUGAAGCACUGUCAGAACACUACCCAAUCGAAGAUAUACAGUGGGAUCUGAUUUACUCCGCUGGUUGCACUAUCGACGACCAUGAGCUACCUCACCACGUGUCUACAGACGAAGAAAUAGACGUUUUAUUGCAGAGUUUCAGCAACUUCUUGGAUAACCUUAUGGAACCUCCCAAGAUCAUCACAAUCUCGAGGUCUUCCUCUGAUGAUUACACGCCUCUGGAGCAAGUUGACGAAAUUCAGGAUAAGGUGUUGAGGCUUUUGUCUUCUAAGUUCGACUGUGCGUCCCCCAUUUUGGCUUAUAUGGAGGAGAAGUCUGGGGAUGAAGAACAGGAAGAUUCCUCCACAGAGGAAUGAAGUCAGAGUGGAAUAGACAUGUUAAUUUCGUGAUGAAUCUUUUGAAAAUUCGUCGUUUAUUGAAACCCUAAAUUUUCGGGAGGGUUGUCUGGAACAUUUUUCGUUGUGACUGAUGAUUGUUAGGGAAAGGACUAUAUAAGACUGAAAUAGUUGAUUUUUUGUAAUUAGGAAGUAAGUCUAAGUAGAAAAUAUUGAUUUGAAUUUGUGAUAUCGUUCUGACUCACCUGGAAAUUGAAAUUGAAUAGUUUACCCUCGAAAUUGUUGAUUUCUUGAUUUGUGUCUCAUUAAACUAUGAUAUUGGUA